AUGCCCGCUACCCGCUGCCCCGUGCCUGCUACCCACUGCCCCAUGCCCGCUACCCGCUGCCCCAUGCCCGCUACCCGCUGCCCCAUGCCUGCUACCUGCUGCCCCAUGCCUGCUACCCGCUGCCCCAUGCCUGCUACCCGCUGCCCCACUGCCCCAUGCCCGCUACCCGCUGCCCCAUGCCCGCUACCCACUGCCCCACUGCCCCAUGCCCGCUACCCGCUGCCCCAUCCACUGCCCCAUGCCCGCUACCCGCUGCCCCAUGCCCGCUACCCGCUGCCCCAUGCCCGCUACCCGCUGCCCCAUGCCCGCUACCCGCUGCCCCAUGCCCGCUACCCACUGCCCAAUGCCCACUACCCACUGCCCCAUGCCCACUACCCACUGCCCCAUGCCCACUACCCACUGCCCCAUGCCCGCUACCCACUGCCCCACUGCCCCUUGCCCACUACCCACUGCCCCAUUCCCGCUAGCCACUGCCCCAUGCCCGCUGCCCGCUGCCCCAUGCCCGCUACCCACUGCCCCAUGCCAGCUACCCGCUGCCCCAUGCCCGCUACCCGCUGCCCCAUGCCCGCUACCCGCUGCCCCAUGCCCGCUACCCGCUGCCCCAUGCCUGCUACCCGCUGCCCCACUGCCCCAUUUCCGCUACCCGCUGCCCCAUGCCCGCUACCCACUGCCCCACUGCCCCAUGCCCGCUACCCGCUGCCUCAUGCGCUCUACCCGCUGCCCCAUCCACUGCCCCAUGCCUGCUACCCGCUGCCCCAUGCCUGCUACCCGCUGCCCCAUGCCUGCUACCCGCUGCCCCAUGCCCGCUACCCGCUGCCCCAUGCCCGCUACCCGCUGCCCCAUGCCCGCUACCCGCUGCCCCAUGCCCGCUACCCGCUGCCCCAUGCCCGCUACCCGCUGCCCCAUGCCCGCUACCCGCUGCCCCAUGCCCGCUACCCGCUGCCCCAUGCCCGCUACCCACUGCCCCACUGCCCCAUGCCCGCUACCCGCUGCCCCAUGCCUGCUACCCGCUGCACCAUGCCUGCUACCCACUGCCCCGCUGCCCCAUGCCUGCUACCCGCUGCCCCAUGCCUGCUACCCACUGCCCCACUGCCCCAUGCCCGCUACCCGCUGCCCCAUGCCUGCUACCCGCUGCCCCACAUCUGCUACCCACUGCCCCGCUGCCCCAUGCCCGCUACCCGCUGCCCCAUGCCUGCUACCCACUGUCCCACUGCCCCAUGCCCGCUACCCGCUGCCCCAUGCCUGCUACCCGCUGCCCCAUGCCUGCUACCCACUGCCCCGCUGCCCCAUGCCCGCUACCCGCUGCCCCAUGCCUGCUACCCACUGCCCCACUGCCCCAUGCCCGCUACCCGCUGCCCCAUGCCUGCUACCCGCUGCCCCAUGCCUGCUACCCACUGCCCCGCUGCCCCAUGCCUGCUACCCGCUGCCCCAUGCCUGCUACCCACUGCCCCGCUGCCCCAUGCCCGCUACCCGCUGCCCCAUGCCCGCUACCCGCUGCCCCAUGCCCGCUACCCGCUGCCUGCAAGGUGA